UUUCCCCGAGCUGAAAUUUGGACUUUCAGUGAAGAUGAUGAUGAUGACGUGUUCCGGCAGCGGCUCUGCAACUCCACUUACCCUCUCGUAUCAUCUUCCUCGCCGCGCUUUCUACCUUCCUCCCAUUUCCCGCACUCUCCGUCUCCAGAACGAUGCGCUUCGUCCGGAGAAUCUGACGGCGCGCAACUACUCUUCCUCCGCUCUGCCUUUCGAUCGCUCGCCUCCGCCCAUUGGUCACGACCUUAUCGAUGACGAAUUUGAUGCUGAUGAGGAGGCCUUAAGUGCAGUUGAAAAUGGAGUUGCGGUCGUGGAUCUUUCACAUUAUGGUCGGAUAAGAGUUAGUGGAGAACAUCGAGUUCAGUUUAUUCACAGUCAAAGUACCGCAAAUAUUGAGAUUCUUCAUGAAGGACAGGGGUGUGACACAGUUUUUGUAACACCAACAGCCCGUACCAUUGACAUUGCGCAUGCAUGGAUUAUGAAAAAUGCAAUUACUUUGGUGACCUCACCCGAGACAAGAGAGAGAAUAACAUCAAUGCUUAACAAGUACAUAUUUUUUGCUGACAAGGUGGAAAUUCAAGAUAUUACUAUGAAAACAAGUUUGUUUGCACUUGCAGGACCUAGAAGCCACAAAAUAAUAGAAGGAUUUGAUCUGAAGGACGUUUUACGACUACCAUAUGGUUCACACAAGCACUGCAUUGUGAAUGGGACCCCAAUUACUAUAGCAGUUGGAAAUAUCAUAUCUGAAGAAGGGUUUUUACUGUUGGUAUCACCAGCUUAUGCUAAAUCAAUCUGGAAAGCUCUUAAAGAUCAGGGUGCUGUACCCAUGGGUUCAAAUGCGUGGGAAACGUUGAGGAUACUACAAGGAAGACCAGCACCUGGUAAAGAGCUCACAGAUGAAUUUAAUGUUCUAGAGGCUAAUCUUUGGAAUGCCAUUUCUCUGGACAAAGGGUGCUAUAAGGGACAAGAAACCAUUUCUAGACUUGUUACAUACAAUGGAGUCAAACAAAGAUUGUGGGGAAUUCAUCUAUCAUCACAUGUAGAACCUGGCAGCAGCAUCUCCAUCAAUGGGGAAAAGGUUGGCAAACUUACGAGUGUCACAACUGGUGGACACGUAUCCAAGCCCUUUGGGUUGGGCUAUAUCAGGAAGAGAGCUGCUUCUGAGGGUGACAUUGUGAACGUUGGGGAUGGUGUCGUUGGGACAGUGGUGGAAGUCCCUUAUCUUGGUCGUCAACGUCUCCUAUCAUCAAAGAGUUGUGUUUAAAGAACGAAUUGAGUUUGCUGCCAUUGAUUCUGAGGCAGGUGAAGUGGAGAAAUUGCAGAAAAUGGAGAGAAUCCAUUUCCUUAACGUACGUGCUCAAUUAUCAGUCAACCCCCAAAGAGUAAACUGGUUUUAGUCGUGAUGAAUAUUAAAGUGAUGUCCAGUCAGUUAUGUUAAACUAAUAAAGCUACAAGUUGCAAAGGUGGAGCCGGGGGUCUCUUGGAAACAGCCUCCCUACUUCCGAGUAGGGGCAAGGUCUGCGUACACACACCCUCCCCAGACCCUACUGUAGUGGGUU